AUCUAAAUCAAAGAUGAGUGUUAGAACUUCAUAGAAACCUUAACAAAAUAUUUAAUAAGUUCAAGAUCCUUAAAUAUAGAUAUCAAAUUUACAAAGGGAAAGAGAUCAAUUGCAAAGCUAAUUAAAUUAAGCAAAUAAUAGAUUAAAGAUUUUUGAGAGGGACAGUACAUUAAAAUAAAGAAAAAUUGAAGAAAUUUAAUACUAAUUAGAUCGUUCUUUAACAUAAAGUCAACAAGAGAUAAAUAUUGAUAAAUUAAAUUAAUCGUUUUAAGAUGAUGAUGAAAAACGAAAGUUAAAACUUUAAGUAUAGGAUCUUCAAAUGGCUCUUAAAUUGUUGCAAUAAAAACCUCUAGAUUUUGAUAGAGAAAUUACAAAAUCUGUAAUUCAAAGAGAAUCUCUUUAAUCAGACUUUAGUUCUGCAAAUCAAACCAUAAAGUAAUUAUAAAAUAAAAUUGAUGACUUGUAAAAUCAAUUAAAGAAACAAAACAGUUUAUAAAUUGAUACAAGCAAUUAACAUAUUUUAGAUUUAUAAGAUAGAUUAGCAAAAUUGCAAAUCUAAUGUGAUAAAUAGGUAAUUUAAAUUAAUGAAUUAAAUUAAAAUAAAUUGGUAUAAUAAAAAGAAAUCGAUUCCCUUAAAAAUUUAAUUAAUUCAUAGACUUUGAACCAUAAGCAAGAACAAUCAUAAAAUGAAUUGAGAUAUUCAAAAGAAAGUCAAGUUCUUUCUCUUAAUUUAACAAACAAAGAAUCUGCUCUAUUAACUACUGAGUAAAGAUUAAAGUAGGCUCAAGAGUAUUUAUAUCAAUUAUAGAGAAAAUAUGAUUAAGAUACUCUUUAAAUAAGAACAGAACUAAUAGACACAAAAGAUUAAAGUAAUAGAUUUAAGGAUUAACUUGAUCUUUAAUCAAAAUUGUUAGAACAAGUUCAGAAUGAAAAAGCUCACCUAUCUAUGAUGUAUGAAAAGCUUUAGUUGGACACAAAUUCUUUAUCUUUUCAAUUGUAAUAAUAACUGAAAAACGAAGAAUCAAAAUAUUUAAGAGAUAGUACAACUUUAUAAUAACAAAUCACAGAAAAGGAACUUAAAAUUUUAGAAUAGGAUAAAUUGAAAAGAGAAUUAGAAAACAAAAUUUUUUCAUAAUAAUAAAAAUUAGACCAGGAUACAUAUAAUUUUAAUAAUUCUAUUAAUGAUCUAAAAGACUAAUUGAAUAGACUCUAAAGGUAAUUAGAUGAUAAAAUUUACCAAUAUAAUUAACUACUUGAAGAGAAACAAUAAUUACAAAAUUCUUAUAUAUAAUUACAAGAAGAAAUUUCUGUUUAAAAGUUAAGAUACCAAUAAGAUUUAAAUAAAUUGGAAAUCUAAUGUAAUAAAGAAGUAUAAUGGUUAUAAUAACAGUUAAAUGAUAGGAACUUACUUAUAGGAGAAUUAGAGGCAAAAUUAAAAUCAACAAAUGAACAAUUAGUUACUCUUUAAAGAAGAUAUGAUCAAGAAGCUCAAUUAAAUAAUUAACAUUGUGCUAUAUAAGAAGAUUAAAUCAAAAAUUUACAAGAUUAAUUUGAUUCAAAAGUAUUAUAAAAUACUCUCUUAAAUUCAGACAAAUAAUUAUUAAAUCAAUAAUUAGACAGAUUAACAUAAAAUUAUAAUGAAUUGAAGUUACAAUAUAAUAACGAUAAUGAUAAAUUAAAAGAAGAGUUGUUAAAAUUAAAAAAUUAAUUUAAUGAUAAGUAGUAAGCUUAUUUAUAAUUAGAUAAUCGUUAUAAAUAAUUAAAUGAAGAAUAUUUAUAAUUAUAAGUUAGGUUUGAAAAAGAAAUAAAUAUGAUGAAUUUAUAAUUUAAUAAAAAAUUAGAGGAGAAUUAAUUGUUAUAAGAUCAAUUAAAAUAGGAAUAAUUACAAUCUUAUAAUAUGGAAUAAUAAAAUAUUCUUCUUAAAAAUUAAGUUAAUCUGUAAAUGGAAGAUAUUCGUAAAAGGACUGAAUAAUAAUUAACUGAAUAGUAUUAAUCAUUGUCUAAUGACUAAAAAGCUCAAUUUAAUUUAUUACUGAAUUCAAUAAAUUAAGAAAAUUAAUAAUUAAAGUAUGAGCUUAAUUCAAAAGCAGACAAAAUAAGAUAAUUAGAAAAUGAAGUUUAGAGUUUAACAAUUGGAAAUACAAAAAAUUAGAUUCUUAUAUCUGAACUGUAAACAUCAAAUCAAUAGCAAAAGUUUUAAAUUAAUGAAUAAGAAGGGAAAAUAAGAUAGUUGAUUAUGUAGGAAUUUGAUUCAAUAGUAAAAGAUUAUUAUUAUAUUUAUUUAGAGAGACAAAUCUGCUGAUCAAUAAAUUAGAAACCUCAUGAGUGAAGUUAAGAUUUUAUAAUAAAAAUUGAAAAAAAAUGAACUUUACGCACAAAAUUUGGAGGAUCAAUUAUAAAAGCGUCAAUGA